AUGGAACUCUUGGAGCUUGAUAAACAAAAAGAUACCAAAUCGUUGGCCGUGGCAAAGAAACUUUCGACCUUUGGAGUAACAUUGAUAGAUACCGGAUGUACGGAGAAUCCCCCUCUGCACAAUCGAACACUGACCUUCCCACUCGCGACUAGCGAUGAUAUUGAAUGUCUUGAACGGUGCGUGCAGCAGUCCGACAGCAUCAGAAGACAAUACGAGAAAAUAUUGCAGUUUAAUUUAAACAAGACACCUCUAAAACCUGCAUUCGCUCUUUUGAAAAUCUUCACCGAAGAGGCGUUAUCUGAGUACAAUUACAGUGGGCAUUGUAAUUACACCCGUGACAAGAAGAAAGCCAUGCGAAACUACUGCAUUUUUACUACCUGCAUCGAUGCUGCCUGGUCUAAUACGCUUUCUACCGAACUGAGAACAAGGGCUAUUCGAGAUGUGGUCGCACUGAUUGGAAAUAGGAAAAGAAUGCGUCGAUUAAAGGAAAGAAAAGCCGCCCCUCAGUAAAGAAAAUCGAAAAACGGCAUACUUAUGAUCAUUUACCGUGACACCUGAUACCGAUAAAGAUUUUACAAUUAGCGAGUGAUGCAGUUAACGGAUAUAUAAGAAUAUAGAAUUUGGGCAGUUUUGAGUUAAAAAAAGAAAGCAAAAUCAAAUAAAAAUGUAAUAUGUAGGCCCACUAUUUUAGUGCUG